AUGUUUCAUCUCACUCCAUGUCGGACUCUAAUUCUCCUAAAUUUUAAUUUCAGUAAAAUCUCUCGGGACAGUUUGGCAGAGUCAGUGGCUGCUCUCCUGACAUACAGCCAGGAAAAGAAGAGGAAGUUCACUGAGACAGUCGAGUUGCAGAUUUCGUUGAAGAACUAUGACCCUCAGAAAGAUAAACGUUUCUCCGGCACUGUAAAGUUGAGGAAUAUUCCAAGGCCAAAGAUGGCGAUCUGCGUUCUUGGAGAUCAGCAGCAUUGUGAUGAGGCAAAGGCUAACAGCGUUGAAUGCAUGGACGCUGAAGCGCUCAAGAAAUUGAACAAAAACAAGAAACUCAUUAAGAAAUUAGCCAAGAAGUAUGAUGCUUUCCUGGCAUCUGAUUCCCUGAUCAAACAGAUCCCUCGUAUUGUGGGCCCGGGAUUGAACAAAGCUGGUAAGUUUCCUUCCAUGCUGACCCAUGGUGAGUCGAUGACAGGCAAAAUCGAAGAGGUCAAGGCCACAAUAAAGUUUCAAAUGAAGAAGGUGUUGUGUCUGUCAGUAGCAGUAGGAAAUGUGAACAUGACCCAAGAUGAACUGGUCUCUAACAUCACCAUGGCCAUCAAUUUCUUGGUCUCUCUCCUCAAGAAAAACUGGCAAAAUGUCAGGUCGCUAUACAUAAAAUCAACCAUGGGACCCGUUCAGAGAUUGUACUAA